CGAGAUGCUGGCAUCAGAAAGUGUAAAUGUUUCUUACAAUAAGGUUACGAAGAAGAAAAUAAAAUGAAGUUGGUUAUUUUGUGGGCACUUUUGGCUGUAAUGGUUGUCUUGCCACAAUCAGCUUACACUGAUGAGACUGAAGUGCUUCGUAUUUUCGAUCACAAAUAUCAUCCCAGCAACGAGGAAAUGAAAGACCAUUUGGACAAGGCAAAAUUGGAACAUCAUGGUUUCACAAGAACAGUCCAAACUACAAGAGAAAUAGACCAGAAAGGUCAAAUAACAGUGAAGAAGACGAUCCACUACAAAGUCAUUGACCACUGCUCCAAAGCAGGAAAAUGGGAAAAAAUCUUAGCAGAGCGUCUGCCCAAAGGUUGGACGAAAUGGUUCAAGAAGACUGAGAAGGAGGUUAAAAGACGUAUUGCCGGCCAAAAGCCCAAACAAUGUGAAUUUGGUGUGGAGAUUCAUCCUCAACGCGGCUGUGGUAAGGAGAAGAGCAUUACCAAAGGGCGUAAGAAAAGAGGUGGUUGUGUUGGACUUUGUUGGUUUAGCUCUACUGUAGAAAUUCGUCGCUAACUUUGAAAUGAGAUGUUUUUCUCUUAUUCUGUCAUUUGUAUCCAAAAAAGAUUUUGGUGUAGCAAAAAGUUCCAUAAAAAUGAAUGUGUAUUGUAGAUAACAGAUUUUACUGUUAUAAUAGUGUUUAGGUCGUUUGAGAAAAUAAAACAUUGCUGUGAAA